AUGCACGGCUCUAGUCUCCUCCCACCGGCCCUCGGGCUGCUCCCAUACCUCGCAGCGCCCGCCGCGGCCAGCUUUGCGGAGCCAGAGGUCCAGUACAGGCCCAAGUUCCGAUACUGGCUCCCCGACGCCUCCAUCCCCGCCACCACGCUCGCCGCCGACAUCGCAGCCAUCGCCUCCGUCGGCGCCGGCGGCCUCGAGCUGCUGGGGUACUACCAAUACGGCCUGCCCGAAGCCGAGCAGGGCGUCGCGCCGCCGACGGACUGGACCAAAUACGGCUUCGGCACGCCCGCCUUUAAAGAAAUCUUCGUCGCCGCCCUCAACGCCGUCGCGGACGAAGGGUUAGUUAUGGAUUUCGCGCAAGGCGCGAAUCAGGGGCAGGGCGUGCCGAGUGUCCCCGAGGAGGAGGGGUUGGCGGUUGAGUUGGCGUAUUGGAAUGUGAGUGUCGCGGCGGGAGGGACGUGGACGGGGGUGUUGGGGGAGAGUACGCAGCCGGUGAAUUAUUUUAGCAGUUUUAUGCAUAGUCCGGAGGAGUUUGGGGGGCAGGUGUUGAAGGCGGUGGUGGGGGUGGAGGUUUUGGGUGUGUCCGAAGUCUCGGCCGGCGCGGGUAGCUUUGCGUACGCUUUCCCGGCGAACACGAUUGGGCGGGUGGUUGACCUGACGGCGGAGGUCGACCCGAACACUAGACAGCUGAACUGGACGGCACCGGAGGGCGAUAAUGAAUGGAGGAUCAUGGCCUGGUACGAGCGGUAUACGAAUCAGAAGAGCUGCUCUGGUGGGCUGAACGCGACGGAGUACCUCGGGAAUGGCUCGUGGACUGUGGAUCACUUCAGUGCUGCAGGCUCCAAGAAGUUGACGGAUUUUCUCGAUGCACACCUCCUUGACGAUGAGGAGACGAGGGAGCUCCUGGCUUCGGUGGGCAAGUAUGGAUGGGAGGAUAGCAUGGAAAUGGUCUCGUCGCUUUGGUGGACACCAGAACUACCCUCCAGGUUCAACGAAUCAAGGGGCUACGAUAUAACGCUUUGCUUGCCGUACCUCAUCACGGCCGCCAACUAUUGGAACGGCGCGGUCCUCCCGUAUGGCGAAGGCUUCGUGGCUGAGAAUGCCACUUUCGGCGACAAGUGCAAUGAGGAUUACAGGACGACACUGAACGAAGGCUACCAGGAGUACCUCGCUGCCUACGUGAAUUGGACUCAUGGUUUGGGUGUCGGGUACUCCGCACAGCCGGCGUACAAUCUUCCGCUGAAUAUGCUUGACGAUAUCUCCAUUCUCGACGCCCCCGAAGGAGAGUCUCUCGGAUUCAGCAACAUCAUCGACACGUACCGCCAAUUCUCCGGCCCCGCCCAUCUCUCUGGCAUUUCGGUCAUCUCGUCGGAGUGCGGAGCACUCAGCGGUGCGCCCUACCAGCAAACCUUGAACGACCUUCUCUGGUCUGUAAGACGUGGGCUAGCCACCGGCAUCUCGAUGCAUGUCCUCCACGGCUUUGCGUACUCCGGCCCUUAUACAAACACUACCUGGCCGUCUUACACAACCUUUACCUAUCGGUUCAGCGAGAUGUGGAACCAGCAUCAGCCCAGUUGGCUUCAUAUCAACGAGUCGAUUCACUACAUCUCCAGAAACCAGUACGUGUCUCAAACCGGCACACCAAGUGUAGAUCUCGCUUUCUACCUGUACGAGGCGCCAUGGACAGUCAGCGCGAAGUACGAAGACAGCAACCUGGAGACACUCGGCUACACGUAUGAAUACCUUUCCGCCAACAACCUCCAAGAACCUGAGGCUGUUGUGGAGGACGGCAUCCUUGCUCCAAGCAGGCAAUCCUUCAAAGCCCUCAUCUUCUCCAACGCCUCCGCCAUCACCCCCGGCGGCGCAGCUCAAGUCCAGGAGUUCGCCCAAGCCGGCCUCCCCAUCUUCUUCGUCGGCGCCACCACAAACCUCACCAGCAUCGGCCAAGAGCCCGGCGCCGCCGCCGAGGUAUCCUCCACAAUCGCCUCCAUCCUCUCCAGCGGCCUCGCCAACGUCCACACCGUCGCCACCGCCGCCGACCUCCCCGCCGCCCUCGCCAGCGCCGGCAUCCAGCCCCGCGUGUCUUUCGCCAACGCCACGUCCUGGUACUCGUUCUGGCGGCGCGGCGGCAACGACGGCCUCGACCACGUCUACCUCUACAACGACGCCGCCGAGGCGCAGACGGUCGACGUAACCUUCGCCACGACUGGCACGCCGUACGUCUUCGACGCCUGGACCGGAGCCGUCGCGCCUGUCUUGCAGUACGAGACGACGACGGACUCGUCCACGAUCAUCCCCAUCACCCUCGCCUCCAACCAAACCACCAUCAUCGCCUUCGCGCCCGCGAACGCUACGGCCGAUGCGCUCCCCGCCGCGCCGGCGACCCACGUCACCGCCGCGACAGGCGGCCUGGCGCGCCUCACGUCCUCAGACUCCGGCUCGGGAAUAGCGGCCUACCUCACCGGCCCCGCCUCCCUAACCCUCUCGUCCGGCCAGACCGUCAACCUUACCGCCUCCCCUCCCCCCGCCACGACGCUGGCCGCCUGGGACAUCGCCAUCGCGGACUGGCACCGCACGGCCGACGCGUUCAGCAUGGACACCGCCAUCACCUGGCACAACUACACGAACACCACGCUGGCGCCGUGGACGGAGUUGGACGACGGCGCGCUGGUCGGCGUGAGCGGCGUCGGGACGUAUCGGACGACGUUCGCGACGCCUGCGGGAGAUAGCCUCGGUGCCAUUCUCUCUCUCGGCCCCGUCGCGAACUCGAUGCGCGCGUGGGUCAACGGGGUGAGUGUGGGGCCGCUAGAUGUGGCUGGCGCGGUGGCGGAUGUGUCGGCGCUUGUGCGGGCGGGCGAGGGGGAGGUAAAUGAGGUGGUGGUUGAGGUGACGACGACGCUGUUUAACCGCAUCAAGGCGGAUGGGAAUGCGACGUGGAGCGUCGGCGUGACGGCGAAUGAGGAGAAUGAUGCGUAUUAUGAGGUUAAUGCGGCGAAGGAGUAUGGGUUGUUGGGGCCGGUGGUGGUGGAGUGGGUGGGGGUUGUGGGGGUUGUUUGA